CCCGAGCGCCAAGGACUUCCCGCUGCCCGUGUCCCGCCGCUGCCGCUGCCCCCCAGCCCGGCCCCAGGCGUCCGGCCACGGCCAUGGCCUGCCCUAUCCUCUUGCUCAGCCUCGGCCUCCUGGCCGGCCUGCUGCCGACGCUGGCAGCCUGCCCCCAGAACUGCCACUGCCACGGCGACCUGCAGCACGUCAUCUGCGACAAGGUGGGACUGCAGAAGAUCCCCAAGGUAUCAGAGAAGACCAAACUGCUCAACCUGCAGCGCAACAACUUCCCCGUGCUGGCUGCUAACUCGUUCCGGGGCAUGCCUAACCUGGUGUCGCUGCACCUGCAACACUGCCAGAUCCGUGAGGUGAGCGCUGGGGCCUUCCGCGGCCUCAAGCAGCUCAUCUACCUGUACCUGUCCCACAACGACAUCCGCGUGCUGCGUGCGGGCGCCUUCGACGACCUGACCGAGCUCACCUACCUCUACCUGGACCACAACAAGGUGACUGAGCUGCCCCGAGGGCUGCUCUCCCCGCUGGUCAACCUCUUCAUCCUGCAACUUAACAACAACAAGAUCCGAGAGCUGCGCGCCGGCGCCUUCCAGGGAGCCAAGGACCUACGCUGGCUCUACCUGUCGGAAAACGCGCUCAGCUCCCUGCAGCCGGGCGCCUUAGACGACGUGGAGAACCUCGCCAAGUUCCACCUGGACAAGAACCAGCUGUCCAGCUACCCCUCGGCUGCACUGAGCAAGCUGCGCGUGGUGGAGGAGCUGAAGUUGUCCCACAACCCCCUGAAUAGCAUUCCUGACAACGCCUUCCAGUCUUUCGGCAGAUACCUGGAGACCCUCUGGCUGGACAACACCAACCUGGAGAAGUUCUCCGACGGCGCCUUCCUGGGUGUGACCACGCUGAAGAACGUCCAUCUGGAGAACAACCGCCUGAACCAGCUGCCCUCCAACUUCCCCUUUGACAGCCUGGAGACCCUCACUCUCACCAACAACCCCUGGAAGUGUACCUGCCAGCUCCGGGGCCUCCGGAGGUGGCUGGAAGCCAAGACUGCCCGCCCGGAUGCCACUUGCGCCUCACCCGCCAAGUUCAGGGGCCAGCACAUCCGUGACACGGACGCCUUCCGCAGCUGCAAGUUUCCCACUAAGAGGUCCAAGAAAGCCGGCCGCCAUUAAACAGCCUUUGCUGAUGCACAGACCUGUCCACAACUAGACCCGUACUGGCAGGGGGACUCGGGAUGCCAGCAUGUACCCAGCUCCACCAUCUCCGGGUGACAGCGAGGGCUCCUUCACACCUGGCCCCCCCACCAUGGUUCCUCUCAAAGAAGCUGUUGCCGAGACCCCCAAGCCCUUCAGAACCAGAACUGGGUGGUCAUCAGGAUGGCCAUCCUUCCAGAAUCCUCCUUCCGUCUGCUCCCCUUACCCUUCCAUUUGGAAAUGAACGUCAGAUCUUUGCUCUGCUCCUCGUUUCCAGAAAGGAUCUUAAGCCUAUACUUCAACUCUGGCAGCCCCUGCCUGCCAGGAUGCUCUAGCAGGAUACUGGUGCUUUGCCAAAUAUCCCCCAUGCUGCAUUUCUUCCCCAGAUUUCUAUAAGUAUAAAUG